AUGAGACAAAUCCUGGCGGGCUUGGUGCUCUUGAGCACGUUUGUUGCCCGUGCGUGGGCUGCCAGUGGGCAACCAACUCAUAUUUAUGGUGUCAAUUUGGGUUCGUGGUUAGUCUUGGAGCUAUGGAUGCUUCCUCAAGGUGAUAAACCGACGAACUACGCAAAUUGUUCGACAUGCAUUUCAACCGAGUCGUCAUUUGCACGGGCGUAUCCCGACACUGUCGACGCUACAUUCGCUCAACACUGGGACACAUGGUUUACACAGAGCGAUGUCAGCACACUGAAGGCGGCCGGUAUCAACACUGUCCGCAUUCCUCUAGGAUAUUGGAUAGUGGAGGAUUUAGUCGAUAGGCCGUCCGAAUCAUACCCUCGGGGCGGUCUUAACUAUUUGCGCCGGGGCUUGGGCUGGCUGCAAAAUGCCGGGAUCCAAGUGAUCCUGGAUCAUCACGCAUUGCCCGGGGUUCAAACGGCUAAGCAAAUGUUCACUGGAAAUUGCACUACUGAUGUUCAGUUCUACACUCCAUACAACUAUGGCCGUGCACUGGUGUGGACAGCGGUCAUGGCCACGCUUUCUCACCUGGACCCUGAUUUUGAAAAUGUAUUUGCGAUCGAAGCAGCCAAUGAGCCUAUUAAUGACGCGGCUCAAACACCUGACUAUGGUACCUUCCAAGAGAACUUCGUCCAGACAAUCCGUGCUGUUGAACUCACACUCGGAAUCUCUGUGCCGUUGUCCAAUUUAUCCGUAUCUGUAUCAGCGUCCGUCUCGAACAACUUCACUGCUGCAUUGAUUGAGACAUCCUCGGCAACCAUCUUCUCGGCGGAGGUGCAAGCGGCACUUUUAGAAGCGGUUCCGAUUAUAAUGAGGAUUGGAGCAACACAAUCCGGUACUCCGUUAGUGGCGAACUUCAUGGAUGUGAAUUGGCAGUACAACAAUCCCUCUAACCCAGCUGAUGUUGCGAUUGGCCCUCAAGCCUACGACGACCACUUGUAUUACUCGUCGGCCGGAAAUGACCCGACGUCAUACAUGAUCAGUAUCUGCAAUCUUCCAGAAAUCAAGGCUGACGCAGCACUCGGCAACUCUCCGCUCUGGUUCGGAGAGUGGUCACUCGAUACACAGUUCAAUGCCACAGACGAGUUCCUUUACCAGUGGGCUGACGCACAGAAGUUGGCUUAUAGUAAAGGUGCUGGAUGGAUUUACUGGAAUUUCAAGAUCGAGACAUCGAACCUCACCAACGGGACUGCCCGUGCAAGGCAAUGGUCAUACCUUGAGGGGUUGGAACUCGGGUUCUUUACCCAGGACCCCGCGGCGUUCCACGAUCCAAACAUUGACAUGUGCUUUGGCAAGAUCUUUGCACGAAUCUGA